GUGGGAGCUGGAUUACUAUCUGUUAUUAUUCACGCGAGCAAUUGGCAUGCAAUCUGUCAGGAUACAUUCAAACCAUACAACAUGCAUAAAAGUGGAAGUUCAAAUCGGCGAUAUUUCAUUCACGCGACAACAUCGGUGGAAAACGCAACAGCCAACCAGAUGGGAAUUCCAACUGUACCGAAGAUUCGUUUUUCCCUGCUGCCUUGGAUUUGCUUCCUAGUGCUACAAUUCUCAUUCGGCCACGCAUCGGAAGCUGUAAGCCAAUGUCGCGAGGAUUCAGAAUCCUUGACCCAAGGUACCUACUGCCUUGAUGGUUCUUGUGGCGGACGAUGCAUUCCUUGUCAAGACUUCCUGAGACAACCAUUAUCUUCUAUUGAUUGUGCCAAGCGUGAAGAAGACUGUGGCCAUUGCCUCAAUGGAACUGUUUCUGAAGAACUGCCGGAAAUGCACCGUGUCUUUCGGGGUAAAAAGGUUGCGAAGGUAUCCAUUCAGUCUUUUACCAUAUUCGGAUGGACUAUUCGGGAUUUUGUCAAUUGUAUAUUGUCAGCCAUCGUCUACAUUUUUUGCGAAAAAAUGUUACCAGUUAUCUGGCAUUGUAAGUGCUUUGGAAAGUCACCACCUACUUCAGACAAUGUAAAUGGAGUAGCGGAAAGUAAGCCUUCUUUCAAUCUUGAUGGGAAAAAUGAAGAUAAGACAACACAGCCUUUAACAUUGAACGUGCAGCCUAAUGAAGAACGAUCAGAAAACCCCCCAGAGCGCGUGAUGAAUAAUAUUAAAGCUUCAACCCCUUUGCCGAUAUCAAACAGUGUCGCUUAUUCCAUCGAAGAAGAACCGGGUGGCUCGGAAAAUGGAUAAGAAGAACAUAACGGAGAAAGCUGCAACGAGCAAUUGCCAUUGGAAAUUGUUGUUUUGUCGUAAGCUGAAACAAAGUUUCGUGGUAUGAAAUGGGAUGUGACACAAUGUUAGUUGAUAACACGUGUCUCUAAAUUCACGGAUAAACAGCGUUUGCGAUUUCGUUUGCGUUCCAUUUUUCCCAUUUCACAGACUUAAUUUUAAACAACUUCGGUAUUUCUUUCUUUAUUGUUUCUCCUAGAAUGCCGGUGUUAAACAAUUAUAGUGUCAAUACACAUCCGAAUAAAA